AACAGCUCGCCCAUUCCGGAUGUGGCGCUGCGUGACAGAAACCGAUCAUUUUGUUCCCUUUGGUUGCUCGGGGGAAAUUCAGGACCCCUUGGAAAGGACAGUUCCACUGUCUCAUGCGCCGGCUCGAUGAGGGUCUUCCUUAGUGAUAUUUCUCAAGCGGGCGUCUGAGGCUCGUUAGGUUGUAAGGUUGCCUGCAAGAGUGGGUUGGCUAAGGUGUGUAGUUUCAUUUUUUUCCCCUGUGGGCGAUCGCAUUUGGGCGUUGAAUCUUGACCGGUUUAGUAGGUUAUAUCGCCACCGUUAACGAGAGAUGGCGGAGUGCGGGAGGAAGGCUCUGUCGCUCCUGGAGGCUGCCCGCUCCCGCUACGAGAGCUUGCAAAUAUCGGACGAUGUUUUCGGGGAAUCUGGGGACGACAGCAGCGAGAACCCCUUCUACAGCACUUCGGGCGACUCAAACUCGGAUAACUACGCAUCGGAGAGCAACGGGGACGAGAUAAGGGGCGCCGAGAUUGAGAGCGGCGCAUCCGGAGCUCCCCCCGGCUCGGGCUCGAACACUCAAGCGGGCGAAGAGGGCUGGAGCGACGCCCUCCGAGACAUCACGGUGCCUCCGUACACGGAACCUUGUGGUCCCACGCAGCGGAUGCCGGCCACCGCCACUGCCAUGGACUUCUUCCAGCUCUUCGUGCCAGACAACGCCAUCCAGAACAUGGUGACCCAGACCAACAUGUACGCCAAGAAGUACCAGGAGCGCUUUGGGAGCGAUGAGGGCUGGCACCCGGUGACGGCAGCUGAGAUGAAGGCCUUCCUGGGCUUCAUGACCUCCACCAGUGUGCAGCGCUGCGAGUCUGUGCUCAGCAUCUGGAGCGGCGGCUUCUUCAGCAAUAAGAGCAUCGCGCCCAAGAUGAGCCAGGCCCGCUUCGAGAGGAUCCUCAAGUACUUCCACAUCGUGGCCUUCCGCUCCAGCCAGGGCAGCCAGGGCCUCUACAAGAUCCAGCCCUUCCUGGACUCCCUGCAACAGGCCUUCUCCUGCAGCUUCCGCCCCUCCCAGACCCAGGUUCUCCACGAGCCCCUGAUUGACGAGGACCCGGUCUUCAUCACCACAUGCACGGAACGCGAGCUGAGGAAGAGGAAGAAGAGGAAGUUCAGCCUGUGGGUGCGGCAGUGUACGGCCACCGGCUUCAUCUGCCAGGUGUACGUGCACCUGAAGGAGGCUCUGGGUCCAGACGGGCUCGACAAGCUGAAGAACCGUCCGCAGCUCCACAGCCUGGUGGCCAGGCAGCUCUGCCAGAACCUGGUGGGUCAGAACGCCAUCGUCUUCACCGGGCCCAGCAUCACCAGCCUCGCCCUGUUCCAGGAGUUUGAGAAGCAGGAGAUCUACUGUUGCGGGCUCCUGAGCACCAGGAAGAGUGACUGCACAGGCCUCCCCCAGUGCAUGCUGGCCAACCCCGAGGCGCCCCAGCGCCGGGGUCAAUCACGUGUCAUGAUGAGGGGCAACAUGUCUCUGAUCAGCUGGUACAACAAGGGCAACUUCUGCUUCCUCACCAACGCCUACUCUCCCAGCAUGCAAGGGGUGAUCAUUAAGAGGAAGAGCGGCGAGAUUCCGUGCCCGCUUGCUGUGGAGGCCUUCGCCGCCCACCUCAGCUACAUCUGCAAGUACGACGACAAGUACAGCAGGUAUUUUGUUUUCCACAAGCCAAAUAAGACUUGGCAGCAGGUGUUCUGGCUGACGAUCAGCAUCGCCAUCAACAACGCCUACAUCCUCUACAAGAUGUCCGACGCCUACCAUGUCAAGCGCUACAGUCGGGCGCAGUUCGGGGAGAGACUGGUGAGGGAGCUGCUGGAUCUGGACGACUGCUCUCCCACGCAGUGAAAGACUGGAAGACGCUCACACGUCUGCUCACAGCCACACACUCUCACUCUCCCUCCCUCACUCACACACACACACACACACA